AUGGGUCUAUCUAAUUCUCGACGAUGGUGGCGAGUGGAAGAAGUAUCAACGGUACAUCUAUCUUCUACUGAAAAUAUUGAUUUGAAGGCGAGCCAAGAUGAGAAAGAAGAAAAAAUUGAUAUUGAUGAGGACGUGAUAUCACCAACUAGUUCAUCGAUGGCAACAUAUCGUACUGUAGGAUUUGUUACUUCUGCGAAUACAAAUAAUAAUAACAAUAAUAAUAAUGCACCAUCAAAUUUAAAUCGCGAUCCAAUCGAUUAUUCUUCAACAAAAUAUAAUCAACCACAAAAUUAUAAAGCAUUAACAAUGCCUAAAAGUCAUUAUCAAAAUGUAACGACAACAAAAGAUUUUCUUCCAGGAGAUAGUGAAACUAAUUAUUCAGUAGCAUCAUCAUCAUUAGAUCCAGAAUCGAGUUCCAAUGUAAAUGAACCAACCAAACGUAUCAAUAAUCCUAAUGGAAAAUUUUCGAUACAAAAAAUAUUCAGUAAAGGACUUUCGUGGCGUACACGAAAAAAACCGCCAUCAAUAUUAACGCCACCUCCAUCACAGACCGUCACAUCAUCGAAUACAGUCUAUAGCAAUAUUUCAGCACCAUCAUCUGCUGGAGCAUAUGUGACAAAAAAUUUUGAUAAUUUUUCUGAAGUUCCUCCACCGACAACUGUUCGUUCUAUAUCAGUUGAUUCAAUAUCAAAUAACACAUCGCCACAAAGAAUUAUUGUUACCGAAUCAGUUAAUGUUGCAACAACAAGAGCGAAUAGUAUCGAUAGUGUUACAUUAGAUUUUGAUCGACCAGUAACAGCCAAUCGAACUUAUGUUCAACCAUCAUGGGCGACUAAUGUUUCAUCGUCUUCAACAACAACAACAAAUGCAACUCCUGUUAUUACAGAAUCAGUAAAUCGAUUAACUCCGAUACCAGCCACUCGAGUAUUACCUGUACAAUUCACUGAAAAUAACAAACUAUCUACACCGCGAUCUCCGGCACCACCACCACCCUCAUUAUCAUCCAUUGUAUCAUCACCUCUCCCUCCUAACAGCAUGUCAUCAACAAUAAAAACAAUAGAAACCAAUAAUGCUACCACUUCUUUAAUAAAAACUACAUCAAAUCCGCCUAGGAUUCCACCUCCUGUUGCUCCUAAACCUGAUGCUAGUCGUUUAACACCAAUUCGUGCAAGUUAUUUAAACCAUACUACUACCAAUAAUAAUAAUAGCAACAACAACAAUAAUAAUAAUAACAACAGCAACAACAAUAAUAAUAAUAAUAAUAAUAAUAAUUUUUCUUCCACUGCCAAUCAGACACCGCCACCACCACCACCACCAUCAUCACUGCAAUCACCCACAACAACUACAAGUGUUACAAUUACUACCACUCCAUCAUUAAUAUCAUCAUCUUCUUCAAUUUCUGGGCCUACAAUCGAACAACGUCGUUUAGCUUUAGCUGAUAAAUUUACAGCAAGUCAAUUCAAGCCUAUUCAUGAUAAUAAUACUGCUGGUUAUCCUAAUGGCACUCCUAUGUCAACAACACGUCCAAUACCUUCUAGUAAUAUUUUAGCAUUACAAGAGAAAUUUCAAGUACGUUCUUCAUCUGUGAGUGCAUCAAAUUCAUCACCAGCACCAGUUGUUUCGACUAAUCCAAAUGUGAUUUCUUCAAAUGUAAUUAAUUCAUCGUCACCAUCAACCAAUUCCUCAUCAACACCCACAACAACAACGAUUCAAACAAAUAAACAAAUUACUAUUCAAGAUAUUGAUACAAAUAAAUAUGAAGAAAUUCUCGCUAAGGAACCAGAUUUAACAAGACAACCAGAAAAAAGUGCGUUGAAAAAAUCUCAUGGAGUCAAACGUCGUGUUAUACCAGUAUUUCGAGAAAAUCAACGUCCAUCACCACGUCCUAGCCCAAAAAUGACACCAGCCGUUAUUGUAACUACGUCAUCAUCACCCUCAGCCGCAACCGCAACAGUGGCAGACAAUGAUGAGCAUAAUUCGGAUUAUGAACAUAAUGAUAAUGGUGAUUCUUCAUCUGACGAUGAUGGCAGUAGUAAUGAUGAUGGAAAAAAGAAACGUUUUGUUAACGUUAAACGUAAUGACUCAUUAGCACGAUUUCUUAAAGAUCGUCCGAUGCCGAAUGAAUUAUAUGAGAAAAAUAUCCUUGUUAAACCUUUAGAUGAACGUAAAAAUGAACGCGAAACAAUUGAAACAAAAUUAGAACGAAAAUUAUCAUUGAGACCAACUCCAGAAGAACUCGAAGCAAGAAAUAUUCUACGUGCAAAAACACAAGCUGAGUUAGCAGAAGAAAAAGAAGCAACAAAACGUUAUUUAAUACGAAAACUUAGCUUCAGACCAAGUAUUCAAGAACUUCGUGAUCGAAAAAUCAUUCGUUUUUGUGAUUAUAUUGAAGUAUCUGAAUGUGAUGAUGUUGAUCGGCGUGCAGAUAAACCAUGGACACGGUUAACACCACGAGAUAAACAAAUGAUUCGAAAAGAACUCAAUGAAUAUAAAAGUUCAGAAAUGGAGAUUCAUCCCGAUAGUGCAAGAUACACACGUUUUCAUCCUCCUUAG